UCAUCAUCACUUUCCAUCGGGUGACAGUGAGACGGAAGUCAAAUUCGUUAUUCGCAAAAACUUAUUUAGUGAUAAAAAAUUCCGAAAUGUGUUUAAUUUUCAGGUGGAUAUAAUAAUCCACGUGGCAGCGACCGUUAACUUCGAUGAGACUCUCAAACAGGCUGUCUUCACGAAUGUCAGGGGGACACGAGAGAUGAUUCGGUUGGGAAAAGCGUGCAAGAACAUUAGAUCCAUAGUUCACGUAUCAACUGCAUUCUCUCACGCAACACUAUCUAGGCGCGGGACCGAUAUCGCCGAGGCUUUCUACGAUACCCCCAUAGCUCCUAAGCUCCUAAUCGAGAUGAGUGAAAACAUCGAAUCGAAUAUACUGCACGAUAUGACGCCAUCCAUUUUAAAGGAUUGGCCCAACACGUACACGUUCACGAAAGCAGUGGCUGAAGAAAUAGUCAGGACUAUGGGUGCCCAUUUGCCUAUCUGUGUGGUUAGACCUGGAAUAG